GGUGCGCGCGCGCCGUUUCUUUCACCUCAGGCGGUCGGGCCGGCGCGCGUUCACGACGAGGGAGGGGGCGGCCGCCGCCGACCCCCUAUUUCCCCGGCAUGGGGUGCCCCUCCCUCCGCGGCCCGGCCCCCUCUGGACUCCGCCCGCCUCAGCGGGGCCUGUAGCGGGAGAAGCCAGAGGGCCGCCGCCGCCGCCUUUCCCUCCCCUCACACCCCGCCGCCCCGGGCAUGAGGAGACGCUCCGGCCCUCCGUGAGCGCCGCCGCCGCCGCCAUCGCGAUGGCUCAGGCCGAGAAAAUGGAGCUGGACCUGGAGCUGCCGCCGGCCGGGAGCGACGGGGGCGGCCUGAGGCGCUCCAACAGCGCCCCCCUCAUCCACGGGCUCAGUGACAAUUCACAGGUUUUUCAGCCAUAUGUCUUGCGAACCCGCAGGAACAGCACAACAGUUAUGAACCGGCACAGCAUGCUGAUAUCAUCAUCCCCAAUUCGCAUCCCUAGCAGCCGACUCCAUCAAAUCAGAAGGGAGGAAGGAGUGGAUUUGAUGAACAGAGAAACAGCACAUGAAAGGGAAGUGCAAACAGCAAUGCAGAUAAGCCAGUCAUGGGAGGAAAGCUUGAGCCUGAGUGACAACGACUUGGACAAAUCUGAAAAAUCUUCAUCUCCAAAGAGGAUAGACUUCAUUCCUGUUUCUCCAGCACCUUCGCCUACAAGGGGUAUAGGAAAGCAAUGUUUCUCUCCAUCCUUGCAAAUGUUUGUGAGUAGUAAUGGAUUGCCUCCAAGCCCUAUUCCCAGCCCUACAAGGAGGUUUUCGAACAGGAGGAGCCAGAGUCCAAUCAACUGCAUCAGGCCCAGUGUUCUUGGUCCUAUAAAAAGGAAAGGUGAAAUGGAAACUGAAAGCCAGCCAAAGAGACUCUUCCAAGGAACCACUAACAUGCUUUCUCCUGAUGUGACACAUCUGGCAGACCUCAGUUCAUGUUUGUCUUCAGAUAUUCUUGACGGGAGCACAAGCAGCGUCAGCUCUUCCUCUGACUCUUUGACCAAAGGCAGCUGCACCACGGAAUCUCCCGCUGCCUGCUCCAACUCGUGUUCACCUUUCAUCUUAAUGGAUGACCUUUCACCCAAGUGACUUGACCCAGCCAUCAGCUGAUGUCUGCCUGUGCUGUUCCCUUGCUGUACACCUGUACAGAACACCUUGUGGAAUUAAAUUCUUGAGGACGUGAGGAUUUAAACUCUGAGUGGAAGUAUCGUAAACUUAAGCCUUGCCAACUUCUCCAAGUGGUUUUGAUUAUCCUUCUUAAUGGACAUAUCAGGCCACAGAGAUGUCUGGUUUUGCUGAUUUUUUUUUUUAAAAAACAACAAAUUACUUUACCAGUAUCUGCUCAGAUCAUACUAACUUUGCUUUCAAAGAAACUGCAUACACUUUUUAAAAUUCCCAAACAAGCACCUAAUUUAUAUUAGUGUUAGAAUUGUAGAUGGAAAAUCUGUUGCUGUUGCUAUCAUGAUCACUUGUUCUGGAGGUAAGAAUGGUGGUUACAGAGUUGUUGCAAAAUCUUCACUGUUUGAGAUACUUUUUAAAAAAGUAAUGAACUAGAUUACUCUAGGUAAUGUAUUUAGGAAAAAUAAAAUUUAAGUGUUUCUGAUGGGCAAUUGGUAUAUUGUGGGGGGGGGGGGAAAACCCAUCACACUUAAAAGAUAACUACUUUAAAAUAGGGAAUUCCCCCCCCCCCCUUAUUUUCCUGUUGCAGCCUCUCUUUUGUCUUUCCCAAAGAUGGGGGAAAAGAUUUUUGAACUGUCGUUUAUGCUUCUGGUCAAUCGCUGUGAUGGUGCUGGGAGCCAAAAAUGUUUGUGGAUGGUUGUUUUUUUUGUUUUUGUUACAAUUGAAUGCUACUGUAGCUCCUUGUUUUGGCAAUGGGAGGGGGAUAAACCAGCUUUUCAUGACACACAGUUAACUCACCUGCUGCGUCUUCUAACCCAGACUGCUUCAAGGUUGUGUUGGAUUACCACCGUAGUUCAAAAGUGUCUUCAGCCAAGGGGAUGCAAGGGGCAUGGUGGCAGUUAAUAGCCACAGUUGUUUAGGCUAUAUCAUGUAGACCUUAUCAAGCAUUCGGUGUCUCCUGUGGCGCUGAGAUGUGUUUGUGCCUUAGGGGACAUAGUCACAAAGUGGAGGAAUGUAAACCAGAGGGGACUGGGUGGGGGAAAAGGAUUUUUGUUGUAAAGAGUGCUUGUAUCAGGUGCUAUUGCCACUACUGCUUUUCCUUGGCCGCUCCUUGAUCUGCUGAGGGGGUGGGAUCCUCGGAGCAGUCCCAGCUGUUCUGUGAUUGCGCCAGAUGGCAGUGUAUCCUUAGAACAGCCCCUUGGGCCUGCCUUAGAGAGAGCAGGCCAAUAAGCUAACCUUAAUUUUCAUAAAGGCUUUACUGUUCACUUGGAUGCUAGCUCCACUUAUAGCGUGCCGUAUCGUAAGGAGCUACAUGUAAGCUAUGAGAAGUAAGUCUGCUGUGUGCCCUAGUUUAAUCUGGGGUUCAGCAAGUGAUUUAUUUCUCAUAAGAUCUAACCGGGCUUAAAAAAUAAAUAAAAAAAGAGAUCCAUUUGUAAUCUACUGUGUUAUGCUAUUUAUUAUUUAUAACUGUAAAAAAAAUAGUCUGGUGAUGACUUAUAGUAUUUUUUUAUGAUUGAAACCCUUUUUUAUGUUCCGUGAGUACUGGCUGGUCUGUAUUUAAUAGGCAACGUUGUCUGCCAGAAAUGUACGCUUCCAGUUUUGAAUGUUUGUAAGUAAUUCAAUGCUCUUAUUGUCAAAGUACAACUUCUGUUUUUUGUCCCCGUCCCCCCCUCUUUUGGUAAGAUAAUAGCACUGAAUUUGACACGAGACUGUGCUAACCUGUAAAGCACAUGAUCUCUGGCAAUACUUGUCUGGCUAAGAACGUGUGGGGGAGAAAAAAAAGAGGAUGUUUGGCUCUCCAUACUUAACGUUUUGCUUUUGAAAGUGUUUGUUUGGAAUUGUAAUAAAUACCAUACUUGGGCCAGUUGUGCCUCUCUUACCUGUAUUACUAUUCUUGCUGUGGAGAGUUAGUUUCCCCACUUUCAAUAAAUGUGCAUAUUGUAA